AAUUCUGCAAGUAGUCCUGAUUUACUAUCGCUGUUCUCUAGCUGGUCUAAGACCGCUUUUGACCUAAAGGGACGCUUUUUGGACGCCAUGGACAUUUCUCAGUUUCCAGGCAGAAAGAACAGUAAAAAUGCAGGCAGGGCACAGGACAAAGCACUAGGGACAAAAUGUAUGUGAAAUGGUUUGAUACAGUAAUGACAAAGCACUAGGGACAAAAUGUAUGUGAAAUGGUUUGAAAUUUCCCGCCACCGGUGGCGCCCGUACGUCCCAACGUCACAGGGACCGGAACACAGAAGCCGGAUGCCGGCAUCGGCCGGAGGAGAUGGCCGGGACGCUGUGGGGGACACAU